UACUGGUUAUAGCAACAAGAUCCUCUGCUUCAGCUUGGAAAUGCUUUCGUCUUCUCUGUCUGGGCUCUGCAACUGCAAUUGCAAUUGACUGAUCUUGGAUCUUCAUGAAUUAUCUACUUGAAAGAUCGGCCGAAAUCAAUAUAAAACGGGUUAAUAAAUGAUGCAAUUCAUGUCAGUGGUGAGAUUCAAAUUUGGUUUCACUUCAGUCAGAAUGAGGGAUUGGUUGGUGGGAGUCUCCAUUAUGGUUCUUACAUUGAUCUUUAUCAUCCGUCAUGAACAAUCUGAUCACAAAUUUCCAACGAGUCACACUGUGGAUGAUUCUAGUAUAGAAGGAGAGAGUGUUCAUGAACCAGCAAAGAAGCCACAUUUUAUGACUUUGGAAGAUCUUGAUUAUCUCUUUUCAAACAAGAGCUUUUUCGGAGAAGAAGAAGAUUUGAAAGGAUUGCUUGUAUGGUCUCGUAUGCGUCCAUUUCUAGGGAUUGAAGAAGCUACUUUGGCCAUGAAAGAUUUGGUUUUUCUGAUCAAUAAAGAGAAAGGAGCUUCUUUUUCUGCUAUGGUCUCCAAGGAACUUGGAAGAAACUGUCCGGAUUUUGUCACUGCAUUUGAUGAGGAUUUGUCUGGUUUAAGGCAUGUACUACUUGAGCUUCCUUGUGGUUUAAUUGAAGAUUCUUCAGUAACUUUGGUUGGUAUUCCUGAUGAACAUUCUAGUAGCUUCCAGAUUCAGCUCGUUGGCUCAGAAUUAUCAGGCGAAACCCGUCGGCCAAUAAUCUUGCGUUACAAUGUGAAUUUUUCUAGGCCAUCCAUAGUGCAAAAUACAUGGACAGAAAAGCUCGGUUGGGGAAACAAAGUGCGAUGCCCAGAUCAUGGAUCAGUUAAAAAUCAUUUAGUUGAUCAACUUCCUCUCUGCAACAAACAGACCGGUAGAAUCACUUCGGAAAAGAGUUCCAACGAUGAUGCAACUAUGGAAUUUUCUCUUUCAAAUGCUAAUUUUCCAUUUCUCAAAGGGAGUCCUUUCACUGCCACAUUGUGGUUUGGCUUAGAAGGUUUUCAUAUGACGAUAAAUGGGCGGCACGAGACUUCAUUUGCUUACAGGGAGAAGCUCGAGCCAUGGUUAGUCAGUGCAGUCAAAGUCUCAGGUGGUUUGAAAAUGUUAUCUGCCUUAGCCACAAGACUGCCCAUUCCCGAUGACCAUGCUUCUUUAAUCAUAGAAGAGAAACUUAAAGCUCCAUCUCUUUCCGGGACAAGAAUAGAACUAUUGGUGGGUGUUUUCUCCACUGGAAAUAAUUUUAAGCGGCGUAUGGCAUUGAGAAGAUCUUGGAUGCAAUACGAGGCAGUAAAAUCUGGCAAAGUGGCUGUUCGAUUUCUCAUUGGCCUUCACACAAAGGAAAAAGUCAAUUUAGAGAUGUGGAGAGAAUCUAAGGCAUAUGGAGACAUUCAGUUUAUGCCAUUUGUUGAUUACUAUGGUUUACUUAGCUUGAAAACAGUUGCGCUUUGCAUUCUCGGGACCAAAGUCAUCCCAGCAAAAUACAUAAUGAAGACGGAUGAUGAUGCGUUUGUGCGGAUUGAUGAACUCCUAUCAAGUCUAAAAGAAAAACCGUCUAGUGCCCUUUUGUACGGUUUGAUAUCAUUUGAUUCAUCACCGGACCGUGAACAAGGCAGCAAAUGGUUUAUCCGUAAAGAGGAAUGGCCUUUAGAUUCAUACCCUCCAUGGGCACAUGGCCCUGGCUACAUCAUCUCUCAUGAUAUCGCGAAAUUUGUGGUGAAGGGUCACCGUCAAAGAGAUCUUAGACUUUUCAAGCUGGAAGAUGUGGCGAUGGGGAUAUGGAUUCAACAAUUCAACGAGACAAUAAAAAGAGUGAAGUACAUCAAUGACAAAAGAUUUCAUAACAGUGGUUGUAAAUCAAAUUACAUUCUUGUUCAUUACCAAACUCCUCGAUUAAUUUUGUGUCUUUGGGAGAAGCUGCAAAAAGAGAACCAAUCGAUUUGCUGCGAAUAAAUCUCUCGAGCAUGCAAGUAUGUAACCUUUCUGGUUCUGUUUCUACAAUAUCUUCCUGUGUGAGAUGAUAAUUUGUACUAUAUCAACUAAAACUCUAAACAAGACCACUUAUGCAACAUGAGACAUCAAACGCCA